AUUUCGUUCAGCUAAGUUUAUUCCGAGAAAGCAAAAGCAAUAGGAGUAGGGAUAGGAAGGGAAGAUGAAGCUGUCAUCUCGAGUCGAGGCGCGGGCGGCGGGUCCACAGAUUAUGUGCCGCACCACAACACAACUCAAUCUGCCGCAGAGUGUAUUUUAACUCAAUCGAAGUCGCGCGCGCGGUCUGUCGCUGCGUCCUUUACGCAUUUUCAAACUUUUAAAACUAAUACGAAAAUUCCUGGUUUAAAACUAGGAGUGAUAACAGAAACUGCAGUUGUAAAUAAAAUAUAGUGACGGUAACUAGUGACAUUGUUUUAUACUUAGUGCUACAUUUUUGGAUGAUUGUUGAAAAUUAACAAAAACUGGAGUUCCAAUCUUUCCAACGAGAGCAAGCCAUGUGAAUACAGCGGAGCAGCCGUCUAAGAUUUGAGAUGUGGUUGGCAGCGGCGGUGGUGGCAUCCGUGGCGGCCGUGGCGCGCGCCACGCUCUGUGAUGAGGCUCGUCUGCGGUGCGCUUACCGCUCCGGCUGUGGUACGGCCCUCAACAACUACAUGCUAUACUGCAACGACGUGCUCAGUCGGCCUAUGAACUGGUGUCCUGAGGAGUGCGAACACGCGUUGAUAGCACUCACGUCUACUGAAGAAGGAAAGGAUUUGAUGAAUUGCCAGUGCAACAACGAGUAUUGCAGGGAGACGAAGCAGCGGAUUGAAGUUUGUCGAACUCAAGUGUUGAAAGGGGCCGCCAACGUCACGUCAUCCUGCCGACUCUCACAGCUGAUCUGCCUCGCAGACUCCCAGUGCUCCACUGCGUUAGACUUCUACCAUAGACUCUGCUGGUCUAUGUAUGAAGGGAGGAAAUGCUCGCGAAGAUGCCGAAAUUCGAUUACCAUACUCAGGAAACAAGAGAAGGCAGCGGCACUGACGUCUUGCAAGUGUGAUGGGAAUGAAGAAUAUGACUGUCCUAAGAUGCAAAGCAACUUUGCGAGAUUAUGCUUCAAGCACAAUUUGUACAAAGGAAAGAAGAAAGUAAAAGAGGAACAUGUUCCAGAAGUGGUUACGGCAGCUGCCUCAUUAAUUCCUCUAUCACAGUUAUUGCUUGUAGUGAGUUAUUGGACUUGCACUCAGUUAUAGUUGGAGGUCUACCUCGAGAACUGUUAUGAAAUACUUUUAUUGUCAAUCCAAUCUCCUAUUUCGGAAUACGAGCCCGACUCGACAUGAAGGUAUUAUGUCUUAAUUUAUAGCAUCGAAGUACAAUACUUUGUGUAAAUAUGUGAAUAGUUUAGUUCUAUGAGGGAAUGCAAGGGUUAAGAGUAUUGCAGAAGUUUUUGGAGUGUGUGUCGCGUGUGCGCCGCCCACGGCCGCGGGUGACGGCUCUGCUAUAAAUAUUGCCUCCUUGGUGGUCCGGUGACAAAUGCUGGCCCGUUCCCGAUGCAGCGUUGCGCCGAUUGAUCUAAUGACUUCUACACUUGUCGCAUUAUCGGAUUAUCCCCAUGCGUGAUUUUAAAGAAGUUGGUAUUUAUGUAGUUAUAGUAAGUUCUGUUUAUUUGGGUAUAUCAAUUUAUGUGGCGUCUCAUCAAUUUUAUUUACUGUCUCAAUACAUACUUUAUAAAAUGGACAUUACGUUUUUCUUUGCUUUUCACAAGGAAUGGAAAACCAAAUUUGGACAUAUCAAAUACGCACAUUUGCUAUAAAGUUGAUGUUGAUUGUAAAGUGAUCGUGACGAUUCAAUACAAAAUUAAAUUGCUAUGGCUGAAAACGGUUAAGUUUUGAUGGGAUUUUAAUUUUUAAUCAUGAUGAGUCCCGGCUAGGAAGUGGAUGUUCUAAUGACAUAGUCGUACCCAAUUCCGGUGCGCGCGCGACACUAAUCGUGCGAGUGAUGUAGGGCCACAGACAUGUCACCGUCACCACGGACAUCGUCGUUUUGUUAGCAUCCGUUUGAACAUUGUUCAGUUUUUUUUUGAACAUCAAUAAUUCUGGGAAAUUAUGAAACAUUCUUUUAUAUUUUAUUUUUUGUUUCUAAACAGCCAGUAACUUCGAGUAUUUCGAGAUGUCGUUGUACGACGUUAAUUUUAAUAAUAGGUAGUUCGAAUAUAUUUAGGUUGUCUUUCUUUAUUUACAUUUUUGUCACAUUCUGAUGUGUGUUUGGCACAGAAUAUCUAUUGUCAAUUACACGACACCAUAACUCACCUUCCCGUACGAAUUAAAGUUGGAAAAUCAUCAAAAAUGUAUUAAAAUGUAUCAGUCAAAUAAUAUUUUCUUUAGAAAUGAAACCAACACAGUCGAUGGAAGUAUCGAACUAAAAUAUAUUCGUGGCGAGUGCUAGACCGGUUCCACGGCUGUGGGCGUGCGAACUGUUAUCAAAUAAACAAGAGCAACUCGCUGUUCUGUAUCAAGUGUUUCUUGAGAGACGUCGAUGUUUUCUUUCGUUUUCUAAACUUGUAUUGUGUUUAGGUAUUUCAUAUUUUUUUAUAGGAGUUUGAGUACUAGGUAUUUCAUAUUUUAUGUAACAUUCGGUAAUAACAUUCGGUAUUUUUAUGAAUACCGUUCUACAAUCGUAUAUUAGUAAAUCAACUUGAACGUAAUAAUGAGAUUAUUUAUUUUCUGUGAAAAUGGUCGAAAUAAUGUUUUUUAAAAUCUAUAAAUCUUAUUUAUCAAUUCAAACUUGAGUAAAGGAAAAUCAACAUCGUCGGUUGAACGUUCUGACUUAACAUAAGGAAGUAUAUAGAUAUUCAACAGCAUUCUUCAAUGCAUUAACGGAAAAUGUAUGCCAUGUAUUCAAAGCAAUGCAAUAAAGGUAACUCUUAAAGUCAGAACGUGUACAUUUAAUGGCCUUUUUAACAAGUUAUGCGCUAACUCAGAAGUUGUACGUCAUCAAAAUUAUACUGUGUCAUUAGCAAUUCAUCUCAGAGCAUUUCUUACUAAUGUUUUAUCGCACAGUACAGCAUGCAUAUUGUGGCAUGUGUGGCAGUCAUGGCUGUUGUCCGACAUUAACUGGACUUUUUUCAAAACGUCCACUUUCAGCCUACAGUUCUUCUUCAUCCUAUUUAAAAUAGGUAUUUUGUCGGUCUCAUUAUGUAGAUGUAACGCUAUAACAUAUUUGGCCAUGUUGUCGUGUUAAUGUAAUGACUUGCCAUUGCCUUUUCUAUUUCAUCACACACUAGCUGAUGGAUUACCAAUGGUUUUCCUUCAACGAAAGCACAUGGUCUAUCGUAGGUACAUGAAGUAGAUUGUUGUAAUCAAAUUAUUUUGCAAUAAGAUAGUGUACCAGGGACUAUUCGCGCAUAAACUUCGUAAAAGCUUACUUAGUAAUCACUAGACUGGACGUUUUGAUAAGUCAGUAUAAUCAGACCUUAGUCUGCGCCUGCGCAUGGGGCAAUGCAACGAAUAUGAAUGAACCUCUCGUAAUGUGGAUUUUAUAGCGCUGUAAAACACCUAAUGUAUUUGCAAUUCAGACGCUAAUGUCGUUUAUAUGAAGAGCUUUCUAUGAGCUUUUGCCGCACAUACGAAUGAACUUUCACUCUGUAAGCAAAUCGGAUUAUUUUGUGGGGAGUUUAGGUUUUUUUCGAAAUGGAGAUAGAUAUUUGAAAUAUUCGUAUAUAAUAAUAGCAUACUAUAUAUGUAUAUUUCAAAUUCAUUACUAACUCCAUUUUACACAUAUAUUAGUAGGUUUACACCGUACAUAUAUGUUUGUACGGUAUGUAUUAAUAUUUGUGUACUAUUUAACAUUUUACCGUUUAUCAAAAAUUAUUACUCAUAUGUAGGCAAGAAAAAAGUAAUUUUUCUAAAAAAAUCCCACCAAUAAAUACCAUGGAGAAAAUAAAGUUUAAAAUAAGUAGUGUUCAUUUUUUGUGUUUGUGUAUUUCUUGUUUGUAUUUAUUAAAUGUCUGUUUUGUCUCAAUGCUGUGUUGAAGCGUUAUUACUUGCUGUAUGUGGGCAUUUAAACCUAAGUAUAUUUUAUUGUAAUGUGCAGUAUUUUCUGUUUAAAUUAGGGUGACCAUGAUCACUAUCCGUAAUGACCGCAAAACUCUUAACAUUACGGUGGCCAUGGUUCACAAAUACAUUCGUACGAUUAAAAUUAAAGAUCCAUUAUAAAUGAAUUUAGGAUAAUUUUAGAUUAGUUAUAUUUUUAGUAUACAGGUUUUUCAAACACAUUAACCACAGUUUACCAAAGUGAGAUUAUUAGAUUAUUAUAGCUGUAAAAAUGUUCAGUAGCUUAGCCUAGAUAUACUAAAUAAAUAUGUAUAUGUAUAAGAUAAAUUCGUACAAAGUAUUUUUAGCAUUAUGAUAAUAAUUUAUUGAACUAGGUAGGUACUAUCGAUAUUGUAAAAAUUGUUGCUUUGUUUCGUUUUUUAUAAAAUUAUUGUAAGGAUUUUAGUUGUAUUUAUUUUUACAAAAUUGCAAUAAAUAUCUGUUUUCUUAAUAUUAA